AUGGCGUAUCCCCCACGACAUAGCGAUGAACCAGUGGAACUGCGCGGGGAUGCUCCCGUUGACGCGCAGCCUCCCCCGCCAUACUCACCCUUUGUGGAGGAUGCAUUGACCAGAGAAGCCGGCAGUUUGCAAGCCAACGGUCGCGUAGAUGUCAAUCUGGAAUCCGAGGUCGCCAGGGCACUCGCCAAGAUAAUCGACUUGCAACAAGAGGAUCUUCAGAACCCGCCGCCCGACUACAUUGAUGCGCCAUCCACAGAGGUCCCGUCCUGUGAAUUCAAGCUCAAUAUAGUUAUACAGAUUGUUGGAAGCAGGGGCGAUGUACAGCCAUUUAUUGCGCUCGGAGCUGCGUUAAAAAAUGAUGGUCACCGAGUCCGCAUCGCCACACAUGAUGUAUUUGCAGACUUCGUCCGUACAGCAGGACUAGAAUUCUUUCCUAUUGGCGGAGAUCCGGCCGAACUCAUGGCAUUCAUGGUCAAGAACCCAGGUUUAAUACCGCAGAUGAAGACAUUACGCGAGGGUGAAGUCCGCAAGAAGCAAAUCAUGGUAGCGACAAUGCUUGACGGGUGCUGGAGAUCAUGUAUCGACGACGAUCCCCAAACACAAUGUCCCUUUGUGGCAGAUGCAAUCAUUGCUAAUCCGCCUAGCUUUGCUCACAUUCAUUGCGCGCAGGCACUGGGGAUCCCCGUUCACCUAAUGUUUACCAUGCCAUGGAGCAGUACCAGGGCGUUUCCACAUCCGCUUGCGAAUUUGAGUACAUCAUCGAUGAAUCCUACGACGGCAAAUUGGGUUUCAUAUGGAGUGGUAGAGUGGUUGACCUGGCAAGGCCUAGGUGACGUUAUUAAUCGAUGGCGCGUGUCGAUGGGCUUGGCCCCUAUUCCUGCAACACAAGGUCCAAGGUUGGCUGAAACCCUAAAGGUUCCUUUCACCUACUGCUGGUCUCCUGCACUGAUGCCAAAGGCACGGGACUGGCCACCUCAUAUUGAUGUCUGUGGUUUUUUCUUCAGAGAAACCCCGGCAUAUAAUCCGCCAGCUGAGUUAGUAGAAUUCUUGAACUCUGGCCCCUCUCCGAUCUACAUUGGUUUUGGCAGCAUUGUGGUCGACAACCCUCAAAGACUUAUGGACGUCGUCCUUGAAGCAGUCUCGAGGGCCGGGGUCCGUGCCAUAAUCUCAAGAGGGUGGAGCGAAAUGUCCGGAAAUACAAGCCGGAACAUAUUAUAUAUAGAUGACUGUCCGCACGAGUGGUUAUUCCAGCAUGUGGCCGCUGUCGUCCACCAUGGCGGUGCUGGGACAGCCGCCUGUGGCCUGAGAAAUGGACGACCAACUGUCGUAGUGCCAUUUUUUGGAGACCAGCCCUUUUGGGGCCAUACGAUUGCCAGAUCUGGAGCGGGUCCUAGACCUCUACCUUAUGCCUCACUCACAUCUCAGGAUCUGGCAGCUUCUAUAGAAUUUUGCCUUACCGCUAAACCAAGGGCUGCUGCUCGAAAUAUUGCAGAAAAGAUGCAGGCGGAGCGUGGCGUGAUGGCAGCCGUGGAAUCAUUCUACACCCAUCUACCACUAGACAAGAUGAGAUGCAGCGUGAUGCCUGACCAAGCGGCAGUUUGGACAUUCAAAAAGGGCAAGCGGAAAUUCAACUUAUCAAAAGCAGCAGUUCAUAUAUUGGUCGAGAAUAUGAAGAUAGAGGCGAAUCAACUGCGAUGCUGUAAAAUCAACCCUAUUGUCAUCGAGAACCGCCGCUGGGAUCCAUUAACAGGCGUCCUCUCGGCCUCUAUCGCAACCGGGUCCAACAUGUUGCUCUCCACAGGCGAGCUAAUAUACAACCCCUACAAGGAAUACAGACGCGGUCGCUCACCGAGGCAAUCGCGAGAAAGGAGCCCGCGUGCACAGUCCGUGCCUGUAAGCAGACCUUCAGGUAACGACUUACGGAGUGUAGGAGGACCACUCAUGCAGCGCAGAACGGCCGCUCCAGAACCUAGCGGUAACCAGGCUACUAGGCCAUUAGAUACAGCAGGGAAUAUGGCGUCUGCGACAGUGAAAGGAUUUGGCAAAUUUACUGCGACGUAUUUCAAAGGCGUGUUGGUGGACAUUCCUCAUGCGGCAGCGGAGGGGUUCCGACAGGCGCCUAGAUUAUACGGGGAACAGCCAAAGGAAUACGGCACUGUUAAGGGUUGGAAAUCUGGCGCUAUGUUCGGCGGAAAGAAUUUCGUUGAUGGCAUGACCGAUGGCUUUUCCGGGCUCGUCACUCAGCCUGUUAAGGGUGCUAAAGAGAAGGGCGUUUUUGGUGCAGCCAAAGGACUGAUGAAAGGGACGAUUGGACUCGCUACGAAGGCCCCUUCAGCCGGAGUCGGAUUGGUGGCCUACCCAUUCUAUGGGAUAACUAAGAGCAUUGAAACGGCGAUUGGAUCCAAAGAUCGGAGAGAUCUUGUACAUGCGCGCCUCAGAGAUGGUGCAUACUAUACAGGGAACUUGUUUAUUGCUGACGAAGAACAGGAAAGAGUUAUCGAAGGGUUUGAGAGGCUGCUGCGCAGUGAAAACGCGUAG